AAAGUGCAAACCAAACAUUAAGCAAUAAGCAAAAGCCCUUGUCUCUCCCGUGUGGCUCUGGGGUCUGACUUCGCACCUACAAAAAACCAAGUACAUAUAAAUCUCCAAAACAAAUCCCAGAUUGGAUCUCUUCCUAUUUCCACCUUCCUUUCUUCAGCUAAUAGAUCUCUCUCUCCGCCUUUCUUAAGCCAAAGCCAAUCUGAGGAAAUGUUGGAGGCUUUAGAUUGAUCCAAACAUAGCUGUUCGAGGGUCGUGUAGCUAAUCCUUUGUGCUGGUGUUUUGAGUACUUUUGACCUGUGGCCAAGAAUCUGAUACUUGGAAUGCUAGAUUUAUAAUGCACUUAAGUUAAUAGAUGCUGUUGUCUGAUUUUGCGGAAACCAGUCAUACUCUUAGCCCACUGGGUAUGAUGGAUUAUGUCGGAGGGUAUCGAUGGCUUUAAUUUAAAUUUGGGUAGGAGAUGGUACAGAGUGGUUUGGACACAGAUAAGGUUGAGAAUUCAGGAGCCAAAGUCUCUCAGAGUGGAAGCCAAGCAUCAGGUCUUCACAGGGAUCCCUCAUUCUCUCGCUGGUUUGAUGAAGAUGGGAGAGUGCAAGGUGAUUUGGUAAAUGCGGAUGCGACGGUAGAAGAAGACCCUGAAUUUGAAUUGCCUCUGCCCCAACAGGGAGAGCUAGAAAACAAGGGUUUAGAUAUGGACAGGGACCGUAUAUCUCCAAGGGGAAGUAAGCGCUUGAACGGUGGUGAUACCUUUGGUAGUGCUACAGUCCAGCUAGAUGGAAAUGAUCAAGCAAAGCUUUUGCCUUUUGACGUUGAGAAGGGGUCUGAAAGGGAGCUACAGGACAUAGAUCACUCUACUUCUGUUGAUGACCACAAGGCACUAUCCUCUAAUUCAAAGUAUCCCAUUUCUGCUGCAAUUAUACUGAAAACAUUGUUCUUUGUACUUGUAUGGUACACUUGCAGCCUAUUUUUGACCUUGUAUAACAAAAGUCUGUUAGGAGAUAAUUUGGGAAAGUUCCCCGCUCCCUUAUUGAUGAAUACUGUUCACUUUACAAUGCAAGCUAUUUUAUCAAAGGCAAUCACGUGGUACUGGUCUCAUAGGUUCAAAACCAGCGUCACUAUGUCUUGGAGAGAUUAUUUUGCUAAAGUUGUACCAACGGCUCUUGGAACAGCAAUGGAUGUUAAUCUAAGCAAUGCAUCCCUUGUUUUUAUAUCGGUCACAUUUGCCACAAUGUGUAAAUCCGCCGCUCCAAUAUUUCUCCUUCUAUUUGCUUUCGCUUUCAGGUUGGAAUCUCCGAGCUAUAAACUUUCGGGAAUCAUAUUGGUUAUAUCCAUUGGAAUACUUCUAACAGUUGCAAAGGAGACAGAAUUUGAUUUCUGGGGAUUCAUUUUUGUCAUGCUUGCUGCUGUUAUGUCUGGUUUCCGAUGGUGUAUGACUCAAAUUCUUCUUCAGAAAGAAUCAUAUGGUUUGAAAAAUCCACUUACUUUGAUGAGCUAUGUGACUCCGGUUAUGGCAGUGGUGACUGCCCUGCUGUCUUUUAUUUUUGAUCCAUGGGAUGAACUUAGAAGAAACAAUUACUUCAAUAAUCCUGAGCAUAUCAGUCGAAGUUGCUUGCUGAUGCUUUUUGGUGGAACCCUUGCCUUUUUCAUGGUAUUAACAGAAUUCAUUCUUGUCUCAGUGACCAGUGCUGUCACUGUCACAAUCGCAGGUGUUGUCAAGGAGGCUCUCACUAUAUUGGUUGCAGUCAUUUACUUCCAUGAUGAAUUUACUAUGUUAAAAGGAGUUGGACUCUUCACAAUUAUUCUUGGUGUGAGUUUAUUCAACUGGUACAAGUACGAAAAACUAAAGAAGGGUCACACUAGUGAAGACGACAUGGAGGAAUCAGUCGUGAUAAAUAAUGCUGCAAAAUAUGUUAUUCUUGAAGAGACAGAUGAGCAAGAUGAUGGCACAUAAGAGCUUCAGGAAAGUUCAUAUUUGAGUCCACUUUUCGGUGAAGCAUUUGGCAUGAAGCAUAUUGGGCUAGUCUCAGAUAUUCAGCAAUUUUUUGUUCCAACUUCCAACCUUUUCCUUUGCAGAGCUCUAAAUCAUUAGGAGUUGAUAUUUUGAAGCUACUGCCCGCGAGUCAGAAGGAAAAGCCACUUUAUAGGUUUUAGUAUAUACUGAGUGUUAUUGUUAGGAUAUGUACAUCUGGGUGUCAACUUCAGUAAUGGUUCAUUUGUUCCAUUACUUUUAGAAAGAGGAUGACUACAACUGCAAGCUGCUCAGAAUUUUGAAUCCCAUCAUGCUAGAUGGAUUGGGUUCAUUGCCGUUGAAUGUAUAUUACAAAUCAAUUGCACAUUGUAUCUGAAUAAAAAUUGAUUCGGGAGAAGUAUAUUAGAAUGCAUGCCAAUUUGGUGCUCAUCAUUCAUCAA